CCUGGCGGGCGAGAAGGCGGGAGGCCGGGGUGGAGGAAAGCCUGGAACCGGAAGUGAAGGUUGCUUCCCUCCUUCGUCGCUGUCGCUGCCGCCAUACGCGCUUGCCCUGCUCAGCUCUUCUGUCAGAAGUAUUUUCCUUUCCCUUUGCUUUCCUCAUCCCCUCCCGCUCCCCUUUGUUUUUGCCGGCUCUGGGAGAACUCAUCCGCAGCCCCGCCCCCUCCCUCUGCCGGCCAGUCAUGGCAGAGAAUGAUGUGGACAACGAGCUCUUGGACUAUGAAGACGAUGAGGUGGAGACAGCAGCUGGGGGAGAUGGGGCCGAGGCCCCUGCCAAGAAGGAUGUCAAGGGCUCCUAUGUCUCCAUCCAUAGCUCUGGCUUUCGUGACUUUCUGCUCAAGCCAGAGUUGCUCCGGGCCAUUGUUGACUGUGGCUUUGAGCAUCCCUCCGAAGUCCAGCAUGAGUGCAUCCCUCAGGCCAUUCUAGGAAUGGAUGUCCUGUGUCAGGCCAAGUCAGGCAUGGGAAAGACAGCGGUGUUUGUCUUGGCCACACUGCAGCAGCUGGAGCCAGUGACCGGGCAGGUGUCCGUGCUGGUGAUGUGUCACACUAGGGAGCUGGCUUUUCAGAUCAGCAAGGAGUAUGAGCGCUUCUCUAAAUACAUGCCCAACGUCAAGGUCGCAGUGUUUUUUGGUGGUCUGUCUAUCAAGAAGGACGAGGAGGUACUGAAGAAGAACUGCCCGCACAUCGUGGUGGGGACUCCUGGCCGCAUUCUCGCCCUGGCUCGGAAUAAGAGCCUCAACCUCAAACACAUUAAACACUUUAUCCUCGAUGAGUGUGACAAGAUGCUUGAACAACUCGACAUGCGUCGGGAUGUCCAGGAAAUUUUUCGCAUGACCCCGCAUGAGAAGCAGGUCAUGAUGUUCAGUGCUACCUUGGGCAAAGAGAUUCGUCCAGUCUGCCGCAAGUUCAUGCAAGAUCCAAUGGAGAUCUUCGUGGACGAUGAGACGAAGUUGACGCUGCACGGGUUGCAGCAGUACUACGUGAAACUGAAGGACAACGAGAAGAACCGCAAGCUCUUUGACCUUCUGGAUGUUCUUGAGUUCAACCAGGUGGUGAUAUUUGUGAAGUCCGUGCAGCGGUGCAUCGCACUCGCCCAGCUCCUGGUGGAGCAGAACUUCCCAGCCAUUGCCAUCCACCGCGGGAUGCCCCAGGAGGAGAGGCUUUCUCGGUAUCAGCAGUUUAAAGACUUUCAACGCCGAAUUCUUGUGGCUACCAACCUGUUCGGCCGAGGCAUGGACAUCGAGCGGGUGAACAUAGCCUUUAACUAUGACAUGCCUGAGGAUUCUGACACCUACCUGCAUCGGGUGGCCAGAGCAGGCCGGUUUGGCACCAAGGGCUUGGCCAUCACGUUCGUGUCGGAUGAGAAUGACGCCAAGAUACUCAAUGACGUGCAGGACCGCUUUGAGGUCAACAUCAGCGAGCUGCCUGAUGAGAUAGACAUCUCCUCCUACAGUGAGUAUGGCCCCCAGGGAGAGGUCCCCGCACUCCUUAGAGUGCCCUUGUCCUGAGCGUAUUUGUCCUGGGUCCCUUGUGUAGACAGUGGGCACCUGAUGCAUUAUGGGACGUGGCCACUUCCUGCCUCCUGCUCUUUGAUGCCAUGCUGGGAUGUGUUGACUUCCAUGCAGGGACCCUUCCUUCCUUCUGUGGUCAAAUGGUUUCCCUUUCUCUACGCCCAGGUCUGUCCUGGAACCCACACAAUACACAGCCGUGUACAGUACGAGCCUGCGUUCCCUGGAGUUCGGCCUUUCUGUGCUUAUUCUAUUUUUUUUGUUUUUUUUUCUG